AUGUGCAAGAGGUCCUUCUACCACUUUACUACUAGUGGCUCUCCUAAUACCACGGCUAAGUUUAAUGUAUAUAGUAACCAGGCUCACCGCGCCACUCCCCACUCGCAGCCCCGUGCCUUGCUCCUCUCCGACAUAGCAAAAAUAUUCAGCCCUACAGAGACUGAACGGUGCAUCGAGUCUCUAAUUGCUGUUUUCCAAAAGCAUGCUGGAAGGGACAGUAACAACAGCAAACUCUCCAAGGCCAAGUUCCUUAUCUUCAUGAAUACAGAGCUGGGUGCCUUCACAAAGAACCAGAAGUACCCUGGUGUCCUCGACCGCAUGAUGAAGAAACUGGACCUCAACUCUGAUGGGCAGCUAGAUUUCCAAGAAUUUCUUAAUCUUUUUGGCGGCCUGGCCAUAGCUUGCCAUGACUCAUUUAUUAAGUCUACCUCUUCCCAGAAGUAAAUCAGAGGAGUCUUUGGGCCUGGCCUCCAGCCCCACUCCCUUUCCUUCAG